AUGAAAGCUCAAAACUUCGCGGAAUUCUCCCCCUCGAACUGGAAGCUGAUGGAAAAUGGAAUCUACGACGAAAAAUGCGAGAAGCCAACUCCCGCCGCUUCCCGAGUCAUCACUGGACCAUCUGACCAAUGCUGUGGCAACUACCCACUACGAAAGCCAUUCCUCUCGCUCAACAACCAAUGCGUUGAUGGGCAAAUUACUAGCCUUGGAAACCAGUAA